UCAUACACACUAGAUAAGCCAAACAGUUUGUAUUACAAAUGUAAUAGUAGAGCUUAUCUUUAAUCUAAAAUAAUUUAGAAUAUAAUUAUAUUGAUUAAUUACUGAAGAGUGAUGUUAAAUACGUUUGACAGAUUGAUAUUGAGUUUAGAAGUUAUAUAUGUUGACAGUUUGAGAACACUAGAUCACUAGUACAGGCAGUAGUACAGGCAGUAGCCGUCACAUAUUAGUGGAUUAAACAAGAAUGACAUUACAGUAGAAUGUGUUAGAACUUUAUUUUCCACUGCCACAUAUAAGCAUCAGAUAUUCAAAAUGGAUGAGGACCAAGAAAUCAAACGGCCAUUGUUGUCCCCUGGGUCUAGUGCAGUGAACUCUGACCUUAAUUAUCAGACUCUACCUCCUGUAACAAGUAGUGUAAAUGAGGACAGUAUUAAUGCUAACCAACCAUUAAAGGUCUACAAGCGACGCUGGUACAUCCUUGUCUUGUUCAGCCUGUAUGCCUUCUCCCAGAACGCCGUGUGGAACACAUGGGGUCCUAUCUCCACGUCUAGCGAAGAAGCGUUUGGGUGGACAGACUCCACCAUAGCCUGGCUCAACAACUGGGGACCUGUGGCCUACAUAAUGUUUGGGCUGCUCUUUCCUUGGUUGUUGCAGGUCAAAGGCCUGAGGUGGGCAGUGUUGCCCAGUAUGUUUCUGGUGGUCCUGGGUUGUGCAUGCAGGGUGAUUACAUCAGAACCAGGUGCUGGCACCAUCCUGAUUCACAUUGGUCAGUUCCUGAACGGAGUAGCUGGCCCUGUCGGUAUGGGUGCCAUCCCCACCCUCUCAUCACAGUGGUUCCCACCUAAAGAAAGAGUCACCGCCACGUCUAUAAGUGUGUGCAUCAGUGUUGUUGGGUCAGCGCUGCCUUUUGUUUUAGGCCCAGUAUUAGUCCCCACUGGCCCACCAAAAGCUGCAAAUGGAACGACAACAACAUCUCCCCUGUCAACAACCAAUGCCUUUUUAUCUGAUCAAAAUGAGUACUUAUUUGAACUCCCCAACGUAACAGCUUCAAGAGUUAGUCAAGAAAGAAAGGAGAUCAUGCGCUACAUGUAUUACGAGUGCGGAUGGUCGGCGCUGAUUUUUAUUUUAAUCCUCAUUUACUUCCCUUCCAAACCACCUCACCCACCCUGUCCAUCCGCAACAGUUGUACGGGAUAAAUACUGGACUGGAAUGUGGUCACUCAAAAGCAAAGGCUACUUUGUGCUGCUAUCUGUCAUCUAUGGCAUCUCACUAGGUGUCAUCAACUGCUGGGCCAGUGUCCUAAAUGUCAAUCUCAACGCCAUCAACGUCAGUGAGUCAGAAGCUGGAUGGAUCGGCUUCUACGCAACACUAGCCUCUGCUGCUGGAUCUAUGCUGAUAGGCAGAUUUGGUGAUAUAUUUGCCAGAAGGAUGACUCUGUUUAUCCUGGUCAUGUAUAUCCUGGGUGCUGGCUGUUUUGUUGUUUUCACUUUGGUGCUGAUCAAAGUCAUCCCAUACUCUGAUGUGCUGCUGUAUGCCACUGUGAUCGGAGGCAAUGGUUUGAUCAACGCCGCUGUGCCCAUGAUCUAUGAGCUGGGGUGUGAGCUGGCCUACCCCACCAGUGAGGGCGCUGCCAACGGAUUUUUGACCUACCUUAACAACAUGGGCGGCCUUUUCUUUUUGGCCGUCUUCGCAGUCCCACACAUUGGUACCAUGUGGAUGAACUGGGCCGCCCUGGGAUCCAUUGUAAUCUGUAUACCAAUGAUAGCAGCCCUGAAGGGACGGUUCAAUAGGCUGGAGGUGGACGAGGGGGUGAGGCCUCAACUCUAUGUGGAGCAGGAAGCUGAUGUACCAUGCAAGGCUUAGGCCAUGCCUAGUUUAUUCUUAAUGCUGCUGUGUGAUGCAAGGCUUAGUUGAAUCAUGCAGGAACUGCUGCAUUCCCACCUAAAGUCCAAUUUUUACUUGUUUUAAUUGCUAAACCACCUUUUUUUAUCUAUGGCCUGUGCUGAAGUAUUUAUUAACCAACAGAAAGAUAUUAUAAAACCCCAGGCAAUUUUAAUUAAAUUUUUUUCCCUUUCCUCCUUGAUUUAUUGAUAAUCAUUGCUAAACCACAUUUAAAACUUUGGCCUGUGUUGAAGUAUUUAUCAAACAAAAGAAAAAUAUUAUAAAAACCUCAUUAGGCAAUUGUAAAUUUUAAAAAUCUUCCCUUUUCUCCUUAAUGAAUUUUUAUUGAUAAUCCUGUUUCCACAUAUUUAUUAAGAAUUUUUAGUCUUUGUGUGUUGACACAGGCUAAAAAUAGAAAUGUUAUUAUAUUUGUUGUUGCUGUUGUUCUAAAACAAAAUGGCAGCUUAACAGUUGUUUAUUUUUUGUGUAUUCUUGUUAUCAGUUAAAAAUACUUUCUGUACUAAAUGGUGAUAAAAUUUGUCUGUCUUGACUAUUGGUACUGGUCUGGUUAUUAUCAUGUUAUUAUUAUUUUAAAAAUUCUGAUAUUUACUUGCAAUUUUAAAACUGUAGCUGCAAAUUUAUUUUGAGAAUUCUUAUAUUUUAGCAACACACUGUGAAGCAAAAAUUUUAAUUUUUUAUUUGAAGGUCUAGAUGGAAGAAUGAGGCAAUUUUUAGAAAGGAAAUUACUGGACUAACCAUGUCCUCAAGUGUAUUUUAAAAAGUUAAAAUUUUUUUAGAAGACUUUUGUGACAUAUUCCUUAGUGACAUGUGUUACACUGUUUUUAGUACGUAGCCAGUAACAAUUUGUCAGUCAUGCUUGCAGUAGAAAGCAGGCAGCAGCUGUAGAGGGAAGGGUAGGUUGGUCGUAUGGUAGAGCAUGGUUGUAUGGUAGAGCGCUUGACUGCUAGCCUGAAAGUCACGAGUUUGGAUCUCAGUCUUGACUUGCGACUGCAGGAUGUCUCUGAGUCCACCCAGCUCUGGUGAGUACCUGACUCACAUUGGGAAAGAAAAUCUGGCUUAACAUUGUUAUGACCACACCAUCCCUCAAGUAACAUAAACUCUACUUCAUCUGCCAUGCAGAUGAUUAGGUCUGGAAGGAGAGCUUUGCUUAUUUUAAGUUUAGGGUAAGCUUGAAUUAGUUAAUUCCUGCUAAAACUGUGAUAAUCUUUGCUGCAUGGAUUAACUGUUUUGAACAACAAAAAGCAACCCACACAAUCUCGCUAGAACUUUUUUUUGAUAUUAUAAUCAUUUAAAUAACUGGUCUUUCAUUGUUUUACUGGCAUUGUUGAUAGUUUGAAAGGUUUGUAUGCACUUUGUGUACAGCUUGGUCUACAUGAUUUUCUGUAUGGAUGGGUGUCUGGUUAUUAGGUAAGUUAAUUACAUACUCAAACUGCUCAGUGCAUUCCAAUUUGUACUUUUUUAAUGUACAUGUUUGACUUGUUUUUAUAAAUUGUAAGUCGUUGAUAAUUUGAUAAAUUUUAAAAAAGAUGUAAACAUUUGAUAAUUUGAUAUAUUUAAAAAAAAAAGAUGUAAACAUUUGAAAAUUUGAUACAUUUAAAAAAAAAAGUAAACAUUUGAAAAUUUGAUAUAUUUUUAAAAAUGUAAACAUU